AUGGCUGUGAAAGCCAAAGUCGAUGGUUUGGUCAAUGUUAGCCAAGCUCGUGGUCGGAGCUUCAGACGUGGUGAAACAUUAAGUGCCCCUGUGGCAGGCGCAUCCGGCAGUCAUCUAUAUUACGCAGCUGUGAAGAUUGGAGGGUUCAAGGUCAACCUGGCCUUGGACACCGCUACGAGCGCAACCUGGGUUCAAUCUGCCGGAUGCAUCUACUGUUUCAACGUCUCUGUGCCUAAUUUCAAGUCUAGUAGCUUCAUUCCGAUGGCUGCAGAUCACCCCAUCUGCACUGCCUCAGCCGGCCUCACUCCACAUCCUGCCAACAAUGCCUGCUCCUACCGGUUUAUGAACUCGGAGGGGAUCUACGGCUUCGACACUUUCACUUUCUUCACCACCUCUGAUCGGAAGCAGCGACACGUAUCAGUCCCAGGUCUGGCGUUUGGGGUUGGUGUCAUCAACAACUGGAUCGACAUUUUCUAUUAUGAUCAGAGUGGUGGUGGCAAUCCAAUUGGAGGGUUUCUUGGAUUGGGAAGGGAUCAGCCCUCAAGUAUCCUAAACCAGCUCUCGGUCCGAAAAUUCUCAUACUGCCUCCCUAAACGAUUCGGAGACAAGGCUUUGUUCUAUAUUGGAGAUAGUAUCAAUGCAAAUUACACCGGCCCGUAUGUGCAAACCACGCCCAUCUUGGGGUCAAACCAAAACUUUUACUACCUGAAGCUGGAGGCCAUCAGCAUCAACGGCACCGCUCUGCCGAUUGCGCAAGAAGUGCUCUCCCGCAACGGACAAGGCAUCAUAAUCGACUGCGGAUCUCCGUACUCUUCAUUCGUCGAUGAAGCAUACGACAUGAUGCACCAAGCUGUGAAGGACUACUUCAAGCAGAUUGCUGGCGAGCUGCCUUUGGCGAGAACAAGGUCAGGGUACAACCUUUGCUAUGAUCUGAAGAGGCACAAGUUUCUGGGAGGAGGAAGGUUUUCAAUGGAGUUUCAGUUUCUUGGAGGAGCGACCCUCCACCUAGAUGAAUCCACCACUUUCCAGGAGUUCCCGGACCUGAACGAAGUCUGUUUCAUGAUGAUCCGAGUCCAAGACCUCGGCGUGCCUAAUAUUCUAGGAGCGUUUCAGCAGCUGAACAAGCGCUUCGUCUUUGAUGUGGCUUCCUCUAUGCUGUCCUUUUCGCCUGAUAGCUGUUAA